CAAUCAGAUUCCUACUUGUGCGCAGAGCGCCAGUCGGUAUCUGCUGGAUCUGUUUGUUCUUUGAGUUUCGACUUUGUUGUCGCGUCGAUCUCAUGCGAAAGGUACAGGAACGACAAUGGUGAAGAUUUUCAUUGGGAACCUGUCUCAGCACGCUGAGAAGGAGGAAGUGGAGGCUCUGUUUAGCCAGUACGGCAAGGUGACAGAAUGCGCCAAGUACAAAAACUACGCUUUUGUCCACAUGGAAGACCGCAAGUCGGCCACCAAGGCCAUCCGUGAGCUCCAUCUCCAUAAGCUGAAUGGCAGACCCAUCAACGUGGAGCCGAGCAGAGGGAAGAACCAGGGCCCUGUGAAGCUCCAUGUAGCCAAUGUUGAAAGGGGCUUCGAUAAAGAGCUCCGUGAGCUGUUUGAAGAGUACGGCACGGUCACAGAGUGCUCCAUUGUCAAGAACUUUGCCUUUGUGCACAUGUCCAACUCCGAUGAGGCCACGGAUGCCAUAGAGGGCCUGGAUAACACAGAGUUUCAAGGAAAGCGCAUACAUGUUCAGAUAUCAAAAAGCAGACCCAGAGGGGAACCCGAGGAGGACUAUCCACCUCCGCCUGGCAGAGGAGGCUAUUAUCCUCCUCACUUCCCAGGGGAGAGGCCUGAGCCUCCCUUCAGAGGCCGCAUGCCGGCUUACCCUCCUCCACCUCCGCCUCCGCCAAUGUUGCCCCUUCCUCCGAGACGACCACCAUAUCCCGACCGCGGCUAUGGCGAGCGAGAAGGCUACGGGGUGGUCGACUACUAUGAGAAAUUCAGAGCACGCCCGUAUGGCAUGGGAGGCUACGAUGACCGCCGUUCCAGUGCCAUCCCCCCUCCUCCGCCCCCUCCCUCGGCGCUGGUUAGAGAACGUCUUGGAAUGGGGUCCCAUGACCCAUAUGACCGCCGUCCGCCCCCUCCCCCUCCUCCGUCCUACAUGGUCAGGGACCGAAGCCCCAUCAGACGAGCACCCCCUCCACCUGCUCCAGCAGCUGGUAACGGGUAUUCCUACGAGCGGUCCCGGCUCUCCCCGCUGUCUAGAGCUCCAAUGUAUGCAGCGCCCCGCCCCAGGGACUCCUUCUCAGAGAGAGCGCCGAUGCCACCUCCACCUCGAUAUGCAAGUUAUUAGGCACACAAGAGCGUAAUACAAGGUUUAGAAUAUGACAAGAUCGUUGUCGUCUGCUGAUGCACGUGGCGCUAUACAUCCCCCUCGUCUAUGGCGGAUUGCGUUGCGUUCGCCGGAGACUAACUGGGAGAUUCUGUAUUGCGGACAACCCCGUACUUAAAACCAUACGAUUCCAUGUGUACAGUUCACGUAUUCUUCUGAGCUGUUUUAUGCCUUUUCUGUUCCUCUGCUUGUUUUACUGUUCAAAUCCUUAAAAUGUUUUGCAGAAUAGGAUGCUGGCUUAGGUGCUUGGUCUAUUUCAGUGUGCCGCAGUACUGUUAAUGGCCAGGAACACUUUUGCUCUUUAAUCUUUCUAAAUGGAUAUGGCAUUUCAUUUCAUAACAAGGGAAGUCAUUUAAUUGAAAAUAUGUAGUCUUUGUAAACAAAAAUUAUUGUGUUCAGACUAAGGUUGUUAGUUGACGACAAAAUGCUCAUCAAAAUAAGUUUAUAAAAUGUAGUAUAGAAGUGCUUUAAUAUAAUACUUGUGUGGCAGGUUGUACAGUAAAUCUAUAGCAAGAUUUGCGACACAUGGUGGCAUGACAAAUCAAAAGUUCCAGUGUGAUAUUAUUUUGUUUCUUUUUUCACUUUGUCAUCUUUUCAUGCGAAAAUAGAAUCUAUAUCACCGUUAUGUAUCAUUUUAUUUACUUUACAAGUUGCUUUUCAUUUGAAGGCUUUUUAAUAAACAAAUGAAACCAAAAA